ACGUUAUUGAUACUUCCGGUUGCUACGACAUCUUUACAUGUUGAUGCUCGCUUCAAAGAUCAAAAUUCGAGAAUCUAUGAUUCUUCAUCAAGUUUCUUUUCAUGGGUCCUUCUCAAGUUCCUUCUUUUAUCGCUUCCCCUUUCGUAAUUUCAGAGCCCAGAUCAAUUCUAAACGCCCCCAGAAGUUUCAAAAAUGCUUUUAUGGGAAUUGGAGCAGAUUGAGAUUGGCUGGUUUAAGUAAUACUGCAAUUUGUUGCUCAUUUGAUGAAUUCUCUGUUGAGGAAAAUUCUGGAAAUUUAAAGGAAAUAAGGUUCUCACAUUUGAAAGAAGAACGGGGAAUCCGUGCCAAUCAUCAGACCUUUCUCUGGCUUUUAGAGGGGUGUUUGAAUUCUGGGUCUUUAGUGGAUGUGAAGAAGCUUCACGGGAAGAUUUUGAAGCUGGGAUUUGAUAGUGAACAAGUUUUGUGUGAUAAACUCAUGGAUAUUUAUAUUGCCCUAGAUGAUUUGGAAGGUGCAGGGACUUUGACAUCUUCAGAAUAUAUCUUUAGCAAAAUGCAGUGCCGGGACAGAGUAACUUAUAACUCACUGAUAUCUGGGUUGGCCCAGUGUGGUUUUAGUGACAAGGCUCUGGAAUUGUUUGAGGAAAUGCAACUUGAUUGCUUGAAACCAGAUUGUGUUACAGUUGCCAGUCUUUUGGGUGCCUGUGCAUCAGUCGGGGCUCUUUAUACAGGGAAACAGUUACACUCAUAUGCUAUAAAAGCAGGAUUUUCCACAGACAUCAUUGUUGAAGGUUCUUUGCUUGAUCUUUACGUCAAAUGCUCUGAUCUAGAAACUGCCCAUAAAUUCUUUUGUACAACAGAGACUGACAAUGUUGUUCUAUGGAACGUGAUGCUUGUUGCAUAUGGGCAGUUAGAAAAUCUUAGCCAGUCAUUUCAGAUAUUUAGACAAAUGCUGAUUGAAGGCUUGGUACCUAACCAAUACACCUAUCCAAGUAUUUUGAGAACUUGUACCUCAUUGGGAAAUCUUGGUCUAGGAGAGCAGAUUCAUGCUCAAGUCAUUAAAAACAGCUUUCAGUCAAAUGUAUAUGUCUGUAGUGUGCUAAUAGAUAUGUAUGCUAAGCUUGGAAAGCUAGAUACUGCCUUUGAAAUUCUAAGCAGACUUAAUGAGGAGGAUGUAGUCUCCUGGACAGCCAUGAUUGCAGGGUACACACAGCAUGGAAUGUUCAAUGAAGCUCUUAAGCUUUUUAGAGAAAUGCUUAACCGAGGGAUUUGGUCUGACAACAUAGGAUUUUCAAGUGCCAUCAGUGCAUGUGCUGGUAUUCAAGCUCUCAAUCAAGGGCAACAAGUUCAUGCUCAGUCUUUUGUCUCUGGGUUCUUAGAUGAUCUUUCAAUUGGAAAUGCGCUUGUUAGCCUUUAUGCUAGAUGUGGUCAAAGACAAGAAGCAUAUAAAGUGUUUGAGAAAAUGGAUGCUAAAGACAAUAUAUCAUGGAAUGCAUUGAUAUCAGGAUUUUCACAGAGUGGGAACCAUGAGGAAGCACUGAAGGUUUUUUCUGAAAUGAAUAGAGCAGGAGUGGAGGCUAAUUUGUUCACUUUUGCUUCUGCUGUUAGUGCUGCUGCCAAUACAGCAAAUCUAAAACAGGGAAAGUUGAUUCAUGCCAUGAUUAUAAAAACAGGUUAUGACUCAGAAAUUGAGUCUUCUAAUGUUUUAAUCACAUUGUAUGCAAAGUGUGGUAGCAUCAGUGAUGCAGAAAAAGAGUUCAGAGAAAUGCCUGAGAAAAACGAGGUUUCUUGGAAUGCCAUGAUUACAGGCUAUUCUCAGCAUGGGUGUGCCAUGGAAGCAAUAAAUCUUUUUGAGAAGAUGAAACAGGUAGGUGUAACACCAAACCAUGUCACCUAUGUGGGAGUUUUAUCAGCAUGUAGCCAUGCAGGUCUGGUGAAUGAGGCUCUUGGUUACUUUGAAUCGAUGAGCAAGGAGCAUGGCUUACUGCCAAAACCUGAACAUUAUGUUUGCAUGGUGGAUCUUCUUGGCCGUGCUGAUCAGUUCACCAUAGUUAUUAAAGUGGUUGCUCUCAUGUUUCUCCUCAUCGUAUUAUUCUUUCUGGUACACAGAAGCCAACCCAGAACUGCACAGCCUGAAGAGAAAGAUGGAGGAACUGCCCAGCCUAGCUGGAUGCUUCGAGGCUUCAAUGAAGCUGUUGAAACUUAUGGGCUAACUGAGGUUCACAUGGUUGGAGGCUCUUUUACUUGGAGAAGGAGGAGGAUCCUUGAGAAACUUGAUAGAAGGCUUGCUUCUGCUAGUUGGAAGGGGUUAUUUUCUCGGGCAAAAAUUCAAUUGCUACCACCGCUAUCCUCUGAUCAUAAUCCUCUAUGGCUAGUUCUUGACGGACGUAAGGAGCGCAUGAACUCUAAUCGGAAAAGAUUUCGUUUUGAAGAAAUGUGGUUGCGGGAUACUGGUUGUUAUGAGGUAGUUCGGACUGGCUGGCAAUCAAUUGAAAGGGAGGGCAGUUGGAGCUGCCUCUUGCAGAAGGUGCGUGAGUGUUCGAAAGGCUUGGAGUUAUGGAAUUCCAAGCAAUUUGGCCAUGUGCAGCAGCGUUUAAAGCAGUGCUCCAAGAGACUCCAGGAUUUGCAAAAUCAGGUUGCCGAUUACUCUUUAAAAGGAGAGUUCAGGAGGCGAUUGCUCGUUUGUACAAACUUCAAACGUCACUGCUGACCUAAGACAUGUAUCUCUGUCCAAUGAAAAUGCUGAAUUUUUUAUCUUGAAUUUGGACUUCUAUCGAGCAACAUGCUUUGCAGUUCCAUCCUGGAACAAUUCUGGUAUUAUUAUAUACUAAUUUCUUUUCCAAUUAUAAAUAUUGUUAUUUAAA